AUGUACUAUUACAAGAUGGGCCAAGGGGGCAAGGCGAACCAAUUGUACGAUACUCGGGAUCACAAACAUUUGCAACCAUUUCUACUUUUUGCUCAUGCCUUUGCGGGCUACGACACUACUAGCUGCUUUUUUGGGAAAGGGAAGAUGAAGCUGACGAAGUUGCUGCUGCAGAACGACAGCAUUAGAGCGCUGGCGCUGAAGUUUUACGAGCCGGAAGACGAAUUGCUGUAA